AUGGCCGUAUCAUAUCACCAUCGAUUUAUCAGCAAAAUUCGAUCAUUAUUUUCAAUUGUCCAUAAAACAUAUGAUCCUUUUGGUGAUAAAAUAAUUGAAAAUUUUCGCUCAAAUCCAUAUUAUCCAUUUACACAUACUCAAUCGUUUACAUUUGAAUACCAAUACCGUCGUUGGUCAACAAUUUAUCUCUUAAUUAUUAUACAAAUAUUAAUAUUUGCAUUAGGUCUAUAUUCUUAUUAUAGUUUUCAUAUUGAUGACUAUUGGAUAUCAGGUUCAGAAUUUCUGCUAUUAUUUACAUUUGGACUAUUAACAAUAUUUGUAUGUGUAAAUCUUAUUGAAAAUUUAAAACAAAGACGUAUUGUUUUGUCUCCACUUGAUUUUCAUGUAUCAAUCUAUAUAAAUAAUACACUAAAACAACAAUGCUCACUUGAUCGCGUUUAUAUAUGUUUGCAUCAAAUUGAAUCUUAUAAUAUUCUUCUUUAUCAUCUUGUAUUUAUUAUUGAAGAUAUUGAUUUUAUUAAAAUAACUGAUUAUUUUCAUUACAAGUUUCAAUUGCGUCAAAUUGGAAAAUGUCUAGCACAAAAUUUAUAUAUUAGUUAUUUAGAAAGUCAAAAUUGGAUUGGCAUAUUUCCUAAAUAUAAAAAAUUAAAAAACUAUAUCCAUAAACAACAACAAACAGUAAAUCCAUAUCAUAAUAUAGAUGAUAUAAUCAACGUUGAAAAUAAUAAUUAUAAUCGAAAACGAAAAAUUCAACAACAUACAAUUAUCGAUUUAUGA